CUAUGAUCGAAUAAUAAAAUGAUUUUCAUUUUUACCGUCUUACAUAUACAGACUUCAGGCACGGUCAUGAAAUCAACUAUAAAUAUUAUGAAGAUGAUCAAAUGUUAUCUUCAGUUCUGGAAGCGAAUAUUUAUGUUCUCAUUUCUCGUAUUAGUCGUUUUAUUUUAUGUGACUUUUUAUUUCAAUUGCAAAAAAACCUUCACCGAUGAUCUAGAACAAACGUUUGCCAUAUCACUUGAACAUCUCGACGAGGAGCAGAGAAUCAACAUCGAACUGACUGAAAUAAGAAACGAUCUAAUUCAAAAAUUGAGAUUCGAUGAAAAAAAUAUGAAAAACACAAGUAAAAUGUUAUACGUCCCGUCUGAAGAGUACGAAUUGUUGCGUCGCCGUAUUUAUUCAAACACGAAAGAAGUUUGGUAUUACGUCAGUUCUACAUUACGAUCGUUGGCAAACGAAUUCGAUGAUUUGAAACCAAAAGUUUCUGAUAUGAAAACCAUGGUCGACGAACAGUAUAGAUCGUUUAUUGAGAGAUGUAGCCAAGCUGGUCGAUGUCGACGGUUAUUCACAGUGGAGGUGGAAAGAGUUUGGCUCUUUGAGUAGACUGGUCCAAAAGAGACUUCAACAUACGCAGAAUCCACCUGACUGUUCCAAAGCUAAAAAGCUCUUGUGCAAUUUUAUCUACGUAAGU